AUGGGCCUAGUAAAUGGACUGCGAGAGGGCCCAUUCUCCCAGUCCAUCCCGAAAGGACAUCCGACUUCUUUGAGUGAUUUACAAGAAAGAGUUGAAAAGUACAUCAACAUGGAAGAAAACGCUAGGCUACGAGACCCAAGCUGGCGACCUGGGCACUCCCACUCAUCAAAGGAGAAGGAGAGAAAGCCCAAGAAGAAAGAAGAAGUCGGGCCUGAAAGGCCCAGGAGAUAUCACUCUUAUACUCCUCAACGAGUUUUCCUAGUGGACGUUUACAGGGAAAUUUGCCACACCGAGAGGCUACCACCCCCUAGACCCAUCAAGAACAAGAAAUGGGGGAGUCAUAGCGAGUACUGCGAGUACCAUAAACUAUAUGGGCACUCAACAAAUGAUUGUUACGACUUGAAAAAUGUGAUAGAAAAGCUGACAAGAGAAGGUCGGCUUGACAGAUAUCUCAUGGAAGGGUCGGACCAUCAUGGCAAGAGGAAGCGAGAUGAGGAAGAUCGAAGAGACCCACCACCACAGAUCCCGGAAAGACACAUACACAUGAUCUCAGGGGGGUUUACCGGAGGUGGUCUCACAAAGUCAUCUCACAAGAGGCACCUGAAAGAAGUCUACCAGGUCAAGGGCGAAGUUCCCGACCUGCCAACCAUCUCUUUCACUAAAGAAGAUGGGAAAGGCAUCGUUCCCAGACACGAUGAUCCGGUAGUGAUUACUAUGAUCCUUGCCAACGCCCAUCUACACAGAACCCUGGUGGAUCAAGGGAGCUCGGCCGACAUCCUGUUCAAACCAGCAUUUGAUAAGCUGGGAUUGGAUGAAAAAGAAUUAAGAGCUUACCCAGAUACCCUAUAUGGGCUGGGGAAUACACCAAUAAAACCAUUAGGAUUUAUACCCCUACACACAACUUUUGGAAAGGGGAUGAAAUCCAAAACUCUGAGUAUUGACUUCAUAGUCGUCGAUGUGGGUUCGGCCUAUAUAGUGCUACAAUGA